CCCUCACCAGGCCAGGCCAGGCGCCCGUCCGUGACACGUGCGGCAGCCGAGGCGCGGCAGCACCCGCCCGUCGCCGACCGCGCCCUCUCGGCCGAUCGUCACAGAGCUGGGAACAGAGCCGCCGCCAUGCUGGACCGUGAUCCAGUGACGUCACCGCCCUUCUGGGGGACUCAGGCAUCGCCCCAAAAAUCCGCACCGCAAGAAGAGGCUGGCGGACCUGAAUACCGGCAGCGCGAGACGUGGGCGAACAACGCCGAGUUCGUGCUCUCUGUGAUGGGCUUCUGCGUCGGCCUGGGCAACGUUUGGCGCUUCCCCUACCUCUGCUACAAGAACGGCGGAGGUGCCUUCCUCAUUCCCUACCUGACCUGCCUGGUAACUGGCGGCGUGCCCAUGUUCUUCCUGGAGGUGGGCAUCGGCCAGUUCAUGGGCGAGGGCGGUAUCUCGGUCUGGAAGCUCUGCCCAGUGUUCACAGGUAUCGGCUACGGCACGACGGUCAUCUCGUUCCUCCUCAACAUCUACUACAUCGUGAUCCUGGCCUGGGGCCUGCUCUACAUGUUCUACUCGUUCCAGUCGCCUCUGCCCUGGGCGACGUGCCACAACGCGUGGAACACGCCGCUCUGCUCCACCUUCAGCAGGGGCGUCAACGGCACCAACGCCACCGACGUGGCCGAAGGCGCCACAGAUCCCGUGGUGGAGUUCUGGGAGAACAACAUUCUUGGCGUCAGCUCUGGAAUCGAUGAGGUGGGUGUGCCACAGUGGAGGCUGGUGCUGACCCUGCUCCUCGCCUGGAUCAUGAUCUACUUCAUCGUCUGGAAGGGUAUCAAAUCUUCCGGCAAGGUGGUCUACUUCACUGCUACCUUUCCGUACAUCAUGCUGGCCGUGUUGCUGGUUCGCGGAGCGACGUUGCCUGGCGCAGGACUUGGCAUCAUCUACUACCUCACCCCCGACUUCAGCAAGCUAGUCGAGGCACAGGUCUGGAUCGACGCCGGGACGCAGAUAUUCUUCAGCUACGCCAUAGCGUUGGGCUCCAUGACUGCGCUUGGUUCCUACAACAAGUUCAACAACAACUUCGUCAAGGACUGCACGCUGCUGGCCGUUGUCAAUAGCCUCACCAGCUUGUUUUCCGGUUUCGUCGUCUUCAGUGUGCUCGGCUUCAUGGCCCAGGAGCAGGGAGUGCCGGUGGCCGCCGUGGCCAAGUCCGGACCCGGGCUGGCCUUCAUCGCGUACCCCAAGGCCGUAUCAAUGAUGCCGCUGGCGCCGCUCUGGGCCGUGCUGUUCUUCUUCAUGCUGCUCACGCUGGGACUGGACUCGCAGUUCGUGGCCGUCGAGGGCUUCGUCACCGCAAUUGUCGACGUGUUUCCACAAUACCUGAGGGUCGGCAGGCGCCGGGAGCUGUUUAUACUGGCGACGUCAGCAGUCAGCUUCCUUAUUGGCCUGUUCCUGGUUACCAAUGGCGGCGUCUACGUCUUCACCCUGUUCGACUACUACUCCGCCUCGGGCAUGGUGCUGCUGUGGUUCUGCUUCUUCGAGUGCGUCGCCGUCGCUUGGGUGUACGGCUGCGGCCGGUUCUACGACAACAUACAGAUGAUGACGGGCUCCCGACUGGGGCCCUGGCUGCGCAUCUGCUGGACCUUCCUGACGCCGGCGCUGACAGCGGCCAUCUUCCUGUUCUCGCUGGCGACGCACUCGCCGCUGCGGUACAACAGUUACGUGUAUCCGGUCUGGGCCGACGGCCUGGGCUGGCUGCUGGCGCUGGUGUCCAUCGUCAUCAUACCGCUGUACUUCUGCGCCCGCCUGCUGGCUGCCCCCGGCUCCCUGCGACAGCGGUGGCAGCUGGUGACGACACCACUCCUGGAGCCGCACCAGCGCCGACCACAAGAUAAACCGGACGUGGUGCUGCACCAGCUCGGCGUCUAGCCCGCCGCCCAUCGGCGGCGGAGGAGAGGCAGGAAGACAGGAAGACGACAGGGGAGAUCGGAUUGCAUUCCGUCUUCUCUGGACUGUGGGUCUGGCAGCCGUGGUGUAACUGCGCCGCGUAAUUAAUGAAAGCGCAAUAAGUUUGGACUGUUUUGAAACAAAAGUGCAGGAAUUCACGACGCAAUUGUUCGUAAACAUAUGAACUAAAGUGUAGAGUUCCUAUGGCGGAAAUACGUACGCAAAGGUUUGUAAGCGCAGAUUUGAAUUAUAUAAAGUUCAUGUCCAAGAUAUUCGCAUACACGAAGUGCGUACACAACUGCUUGCAAGAAACCAAACUACGCAAAUGUUGAAAGCCGAUAAAGUUGGGUUUGCAGAAAUGCCUACGCGAAGGUUCGUGAGUAGCGAAAGAAGCGGAAGCCGAGUUGGUAGAAGCGGACAGCCGUGGGUGCGCUCCUCUCGCCGAGAAGGCUGAAAAUCAACCCUAUGACGAUGCAUGAAGAGAACUGACUGCGGCAUGGUGGAUGAUACUGCUAUGGGGAUUGUUCCAGGACUGUGGGGAGUAUUCCAGGAUCAGGGGGAGUGUUCCAGGACGAUUGGGAAUGUCCCGUGAUCGGUCGACCGUUACGUUAUCAGACGCGAUUUACUGCUGAGGCCAGCUCUUAAAUAUUGCUGAAAUCUAGUUUCGGGGGAUAUCCGACGUAGGAAUUCGAGUGAGUGAUUUCUAGCUUCGCCCGGCUCUUGGUCUCAAGAUGAUGCUGCCGGGUAAUGUUGGUUUGGGUGCAAACGGGCGCCUAAUCAAAGGUGAUGCACCAAAGCGGGUCCAGCUGGUGGACCAUUCUCCCUGGACGCAUUUGCUGAACAUAAGCAAUCGCGUACCGGGUGCCACUGUCGCGUCUGCCCACUAUCUGUCAUUGACGCCAGCUGACUCGCCGCGUCCGUCAGCUGACGUCAGUGGCGCGCUCAGGGAGCGUCAGGCCGAGUCGUCGGCAGAGGCGGCGUCAGGGUUAGGAAUAAAGGGGGAGCAAACCAAACUCGACUGGUGAUCUGCAGUGAAACUUUCCUACACGUCUAGCCCCUCCAUCGUGUCGUCAGGGUGACGGAUAAAGGUGUAAAGGUAACCGGAGAAUGAAUAUCUACAUCCCAGCGAGUAGUGCACAUCAACGCACGAAGUUUUGUUCCCGUGCCUUCUUCCAUGACAAAUUUUGCAUAAACUUUGGGUCUUGACAUCAGUGGUUUAAAUACGAACCUUUGCUGACGUACUUCCGCCAAACGAACGUUGACCUUGAAUAGAACUCUGGUCCGAAAAAUUUGGUUCUAACCAUCGCUUACGACCUUUCGACAUGUGAACUUUUGCGCGCACGAACAGUUUUGUUAUCAACUUUUCUUGGCGAAUAUAAUGCAAUACGAUCUGCAUCCAAAUGCGCUGUUCCCAUCGCCAACUUUUGCCGCUACGAAAUUUAUCCAGGCGCAUUUUUCCACUCGCCAACUUUUGACGUGAAAACCUUGCGUUCUACGCUUUUUUCCGCCAAACCUUAGGCCGCGUACUGUAUUCGAUGAACAAAUGUCAUACGCAUUUUUCUAUGGGUACUUUUGUCCGUAUUCCCGUUUAGACGUAUCUGGAUGUGAGUUUAGAUGGAUCGGGACUGGAGUUUAAGCAGACCUCGGCCGGAAACAGCAUACUCGCACAGUCAACUCGUGCCGUCGCUGCCAACAGCGGAUUUUCUGUAACGGCUUGUGACGGAGAAACAACAGCUGUCACCCACGAUUUUGUGUUUUCUUCGUGUGCCAAUUCUCACAUGGACAUGUCGCAUUUGCUGGUGUGCUUCGAAGACGGCGAUGUAACUUGUGAAUCGACCAAAGCAGCCGCUCAAGUCGAUUGUGAAUCGACCAACCCAAACGGUCAAGUCGAUUGCGUUCAGCCGUGGAGGACAUAGAGUUCGUGACGUCACGCGAAACAGCAGAGAUCGCUGUCGUCAGUGUAUCGAGUCACAUGCACGAGCCAUCCGACCGCU